GACCAGCCUUGGGAUUAGUUCUCACAGAUUUCUGGUCUGACCAACCUCUGUUCUAUGGCGUUCUAGCAACUUUCUGACAUUAGUCGCCUCCUAAGUUCGGACCGAUAGUGUUAUUGACCUGAAAGUAUCUAGCAUGUUUGGAUAUUCGUAAGUGGAUUUCCGGGAAGUGGGUUGUCUGUUUAGUUGACAAGUCUCGUCAUUGUCUCGCGGUUUCCUCCUGGAGCUGUUCAGAAGGUCCAGCGUGCCUUGACAUCCUUGCUUCACGCUAGCCAAGUUUUAGAAGGUUUCUCGGAAGUAGAGUAGGUUCCUGGACCCUUGGCGACGGCUGUCCGAUCGUUCCGAUGUUGGCUGUUCGACCAUGCGGGUUCUCUUCGCCGAUGCAGAUUCACAGCGUCGGGUCCUCUUCACAUCCAGGCCGACACGUGGCACCGGUCGCACCAAUCAUCAAUCAGCACCGAACGAACCUUAUCAGCUGGAACAACUCGGCAUUCCCAAGACGUUGCUUGCCUCUCCACCGGCCUACUCUACUCUACCAGCAGGCGCAGCAUGGCCGUCCUUCUGACUCCACCCACCGUACAUAUGGUGCAUACAGUGCUCGGUCCGUGAGACCGCAAGCUACUGCUGCAGGAAGAGAAGAAGAAUCGGAUGCAGCAGGAACUGGCAGAGGUGCUCUGGGUCUGGGUACGCAAGGGCUGGAAAUCGAGACGGCGGCUCUAUUUACUGUGGCGGGUCGGCUGGGUGGAGCUGAGGGGAGGCAGCAGGGACGGCAGGAGGGAAGGCAGGAGGGAAGGCAGGACAGGGGAAUGGAGGUGAAGAUGUUUACUGAAGACAUCCCCACGCAGAUGGAGGCGGUAACUGCAGGUGUGACGACGCUGGUGACGGAGGCGCAGAGGAGCCCGCCGGACAUUGACUAUCUGCAGGAGCUCCUGGCCAUUCAGCAGCAGGGGCCGAGGAAUAUUGGGUUCUUUGGCACGCGCAACAUGGGGUUCAUGCACCAGCAGCUGAUCGAGAUCCUCAGCUACGCCAUGAUCAUCACGAACAACCACAUCUACACGUCAGGAGCUGCCGGCACGAACGCGGCUGUGAUCCGGGGAGCGCUGAGAGCAGAGAAGGCGGAGCUGCUGACCGUCAUUCUGCCACAGUCGCUGGGCAAGCAGCCGCCAGAGAGCCAGGAGCUGCUGAAGAAGGUGGAGAACCUAGUGGAGAAGCCCCACAACGACCACCUGCCACUGCUUGAAGCCAGCAGGCUGUGCAACAUGGACAUCCUGUCGGAGGUGGAGCAUGUGAUCUGCUUCGCCUUCCAUGACAGCCGGCUGCUCAUGGAGACAUGCCAGGAGGCCAAGGAUAUGGGCAAGAUCGUCACGCUCUUCUACCUUGAUUAAAGCCCUUCCCCUCCUCACAAGUCUCAUUCCACUCCUCUCCUCACAAGUCCCACCCCCCUCCUCACAAGUCCCACCCCCCUCCUCACAAGUCCCACUCCCCUCCUCAAAAGUCCCACUCCCCUCCUCAAAAGUCCCACUCCCCUCCUCAAAAGUCCCACUCCCCUCCUCACAAGUCCCACUCCCCUCCUCACAAGUCCCACUCCCCUCCUCACAAGUCCCACUCCCCUCCUCACAAGUCCCACUCCCAUCCUCACAAGUCCCACUCCCCUCCUCACAAGCCCCACUCCCCUCCUCACAAGUCCCACUCCCCUCCUCACAAGUCCCACUCCCCUCCUCACAAGUCCCACUCCCCUCCUCAAACAGCUGGGACGUGCCAGGAGGCCAAGGACGUGGGCAAGAUCGUCGCCCUCUUCUUCCUCGAUUAGACACUCUUCAGGCCUGACUGCCCCCUCCGCUGCCUUGAUUACACCAUCCUACAUGACUCGACCCCGUUCUAGUACUUUUCUUAAUUGCACCAAGUUGAGACUACAUGUACUGGUAGCAGAUGUCACUUUGUCAUCCUCCAUCCCCCCUCCUCUCUAUGGGCUGUUCGCCCUCCCUCUCUGGCACCAGUGCAGCGAUUUCCUGUUUCAAGCUUUGGCUUUCAUACCUUGUUGGGCUGGGAUAUGCAAGAUUUCCUUAUCCAACAAUGAGAUGUCCGGGGAAUGUGUCCCAUGCAUUUUUUCAAGCUUUUGUUCUAGCGCGG